AGAAGGACGGAGGAGGGCGUGUUAUGUUAAAGUUGUUAAACGGCUAAACGCAAACAAGCAGAUCCCGAGUCCCAGACGACACCUCCCUUCUCUUUCUCUUUCAUAUUUUCUUUUCUUUUGUUCAUCAUCAAAUUCAUUCAUAGAUUCAUUCACAGUUUCGAUCAUACUGGAAUCCUCCCUCCAUGUCAGAGACUCUCUUCUCCCACAGCUUGGUCUAGUCCAAUUAGUCAACACUCUCUCCUCAGUUCUUUAACCUCUAUAUAAACAAGUUCCAAUCUCCAAAUCCGGAAACUAGUGAAAUGGGGAGGGCGUCGUUAUUCAUGUACCUGACCAUAGCAGUCCUAGUACUGCUGCUCAUCUCUCAGUCCCCUAAGAAAUCGGGCAACCACCGCCACCGCCGCCUCAAGCUCCGCUCCAACUUCACAUUCUCCCAUUCCCACACCCACACCCCCAUCCCCUUCGACCCUCUCGUCGCCCACAUCGAGCGCCGCCGCGAAGACCGCAAGUGGGAGAAGGAGCACCUGGAUCUCCAGUCGGCCCCCGCCGCCGAGUCACAGCCCGAGUGGGAGGAUUUCAUGGACGCCGAGGACUACUUGAACGACGAGGAAAAGUUCAAUGUCACCAACAGGCUGGUCUUGCUGUUCCCCAAGGUCGAUGUCGAACCCGCCGAUGGCUUUAUCACCGAGCACGAGCUCACUCUCUGGAACUUGAAGCAGGCUCAGAGGGAAGUUCUGCACAGGACUCAGAGGGAUAUGGAGCUUCACGAUAAAAAUCGCGACGCCUUUGUUUCCUUCCAAGAGUACCAACCCCCUACCUGGGUUCAGAAUGCAGAUAACAAUUCAUUUGGCUAUGACAUGGGCUGGUGGAAAGAAGAGCACUUUAAUGCAUCAGAUGCAGAUGCGGAUGGCCUUCUCAAUCUAACUGAGUUCAAUGACUUCCUACACCCAGCUGACAGCAAAAACCCAAAGCUACUUGAGUGGUUGUGCAAGGAGGAAGUAAGAGAAAGAGACACAGACAAAGACGGGAAGAUUAACUUCAAAGAAUUCUUCCAUGGCCUCUUUGAUCUGGUGAGGAACUAUGAUGAAGAAGAUCACAAUUCCACACAUCAGUCUGAUGAUUUGAUGGAGGCCCCAGCUAAAACUUUGUUUGCACAGCUUGACAAAGAUGGUGACGGAUACUUGUCACACGUUGAGUUACUACCUAUUAUUGGAAAAAUCCAUCCAUCAGAACAUUACUAUGCAAAACAACAAGCCGAUUACAUCAUAUCACAGGCAGAUACAGAUAAAGAUGGGCGGCUGUCACUGAACGAGAUGAUUGAGAACCCAUAUGUAUUUUACAGCGCUAUUUUCAAUGACGAGGACGAUGAGGACUAUGGGUUCCAUGACGAGUUCCGUUAAUGUUAAACCACCAUCUCACUGCCUCUUGUGCCUUAUUCUUUUAAGUUGCAUAUUUCCAGGCUAUCUAAUCACUGCCACAAGUUAAAAUGUUGGAUAGGAUUCAAAAUGCUUAUUUUGGUUUUGAUUUUUUGUUUCUUUCCUAAAUAUAUGUAUAUGGAAUGAAUUAGAAUGAAGGAGGAGGUUGAUUUUUGAAAGUCAGGCAACACCAACUGGGUUUGCUGGGAUUCUAUAAUGCUCUUCAUUGUUGGGGGUUGCUUAUGUAUGGAAUGAGUCUAACAGGAAGCUUUUCAUUACAAUUCGAUUGUAUUGUGAUUGUGAUU